AGACACACACUCCAUUUUGCUCUAGUUUUUUUGCAAUCGCGAUAUUUUGAGAGGAAGCUCAUUGUCCUCGUCGGCCACCGUAUGAUGUCGUGGCGUUUGCAGAUGUGCGGACACUUGCCACAGUUAAACUGUUAUCAAUUAGUGUAAUAUAUUGCUUAUUUGAUUUGGAUUUGCUUUUUUACACAUCCCAUACACCGCCACACAGCGUUUCCUUCAGUGGGUAAAGAUGAGGCGCUCCGGUUUGGGUGAAGGAGGCUCUGGGAACUAUGUAGCAAGUGGAUACAGUGUCUAUGAAGAGGAAAAUGAACAUCUUCAGGAGGGGCUCAGAGCUAAAGUCAACGCUUUAAAAAGUCUGUCUAUUGAUAUUGGAACGGAAGUCAAAUACCAGAACAAAAUGCUGGAUGAGAUGGACACAGACUUUGAUUCAACAGGGGGUCUGCUUGGUGCCACCAUCGGCAGAGUGAAGCAGCUGUCCAGAGGCAGCCAGACCAAACUGCUGUGCUACAUGCUGCUCUUCUGCUUUUUCGUCUUCUUCAUCCUGUACUGGUUUAUCAAGCUGAGGUGAUAGGAGGACCCCUUUAGGAAUUGGCUCUUUAACUCUGAUUCUUCUGUGCCAUGUUGAUGCAUCUCAAAACUAGACCAAUGUAAUGAGGAAAAGGCAAGGAUUUUGUCUCCCCGGUGUCCGAGCAUUUCAUAUAGUGAUGCCAGAGUUAUAAAAGGGCUUCUACUGAUUAUAUUUGAUGGAGUCCUGACAGGUAAAACUGUUUUAGAAAAGUGCAAAAGGUCUGAGGUGAUUAUCAUUUGAAGCGGGCAUCAUGUGCUGUACACAAUGCCAGGAUUGUAUGUACUUGAUAUCAGCCCAAAUUACCUGGAAGAUGACAUUAAAUGUGUAACAACUGCAGAAACGACUGUGUCAAGACACUGAACGCAGUAGUGGGCAAAAUAUGGAAUGGCAAAUCUGAGGAUAUCGCCUAAGUUGUAAAAGUGAUUAAGUUGUAGAAUACUAGGUGACACAAUGUAAAAGUAUUUGCUUUUAAUGGAUGUGAAUGAAUAUUUUACAGCAUUUGGAAUCCUUACAAAGAGUAGCAGUGUACUUCAUUGUUGUUUCAACUUCACUGUAAAAAAAUGUUUAAUGUACAGUAAAUCAAAUUCUAUGGUCAAAAACUGA